UGGCCGGGUCCGGAGCAGCGCCUCCUCGUCGAGGCUGGGCAGGGAGGCCGGGCCGGGGGAGCCGGAGCCCUUUGUGUGUAUGUGCCAGAGAGCGAGAGCGCGAGAGCCGCGGGGAUGGUCCCCGCCGCCGCCGCCUCCCGGAGGACCUUGCCAGGUGAGCUUCAGAGCCUGGAAGCCACCUUCUGGUGCAGCUGAGGAACGGACAGGAGUAAACAAGAAGUGAGCAGGAGAAGGAGGUUUUCAGCAGCUGUCAAGAUGGGCAUGAGGAUCAAGCUGCACAGCACUGACCACCCCAACAACCUGCUGAGGGAACUUAACAAAUGCCGGUUGUCAGAGACUAUGUGUGAUGUUACCAUUGUGGUGGGUAGCCGUACCUUCCCUGCACACAAAGCAGUGCUGGCAUGUGCAGCAGGCUACUUCCAGAACCUUUUCCUCAAUACAGGUCUGGAUGUGGCCCGCACCUACGUGGUGGAUUUCAUUACUCCAGCCAACUUUGAAAAGAUUCUGAACUUUGUCUAUACCUCAGAGCUCUUUACAGAUCUGAUCAAUGUGGGUGUCAUUUACGAGGUUGCUGAGAAAUUGGGCAUGGAGGAUUUGCUGAAGGCUUGCCAUUCCACGUUCCCAGACUUGGAAAACUCGGCCAACACGAAACAGCCUUCUGUCUCAGGUGAUAGCCGGCCAACUGGCAUGUCGACUGAGCCGAACCAUGCCCUGGGUGAAAUCCGAAACAGUGGGGAGCACCCGGGACCAGAGCGGAGUUGCAGUAUGCAGACUGAAGCACCAGGUGGCUACAAAGAAGAUUCUGCAAAUGAAGGCAGCCAUAACUUAAUGCACCAGCAGACCCCCAAAACUGAAGAACAGGAAUCACCAGCACAGUUUACUGGUGCCAUGAGCAUUAUGACACAGGCUGGUCUCAGCAAUGUCAGCAUGGCUGUUCAAACCACUGCCAACUCGUGCCAUCCAUAUAAACUCCAGAACAAUGGGGAUUACAACAAAGGCAAUUUUUUCGCUUCGGAUGCAUCACUGGAUAUCUCAACAGGCAGCAACUCCUGCCCUAGUAAUAGUGAUCACUCCAAAGACCAGGGCUUUGGGCAGAUGGAUGAACUGCAGCUAGAAGAUCUAGGAGAAGAUGAACUACAUUUUGAAGAUCCCGGCGAGGAGCUAGGCGCUGCAGAGGAAGUUAUUGAGCUGAGCGAUGAUAGUGAAGAGGAGCUAUCCUUUGAGAAUGACAGCCGUGAUAACAAGGCCAUGCCCUGUCAAGUGUGCAAAAAGGUUUUGGAGCCCAACAUACAGCUGAUCCGCCAACAUGCCAGAGACCAUGUGGACCUCCUGACUGGCAACUGCAAAGUCUGCGAGACCCAUUUCCAAGACAGGAACUCCAGAGUCACCCACGUCCUGUCUCACAUUGGGAUAUUCCUCUUCUCCUGUGAUAUGUGUGAGACUAAGUUUUUCACCCAAUGGCAGCUCAGCCUUCACCGCCGCGAAGGGGUGUUUGAUAACAACAUUAUCAUCCAUCCUAGUGACCCACUUAUAGGAAAGCUCAACUUGUUCAGUGGGGAUUUAGCAUGUGCCACCUGUGGGAAACCCCUCGCCAAGGAUUUUCAUAUAGUUCGGGGCCACAUCUUGGACCACGUUAACUUGAAAAGCCAAACAUGUGGCGUGUGUGACCAGCGGCACCUCAAUCUCUGCAGCUUGAUGUGGCACACCCUUUCCCACUUGGGCAUCUCUGUUUUUUCUUGCUCCGUUUGUGCCAACAGUUUUGUGGACAGGCACCUCCUGGAGAAGCACAUGGCAGUCCACCAAAGCAUGGAGGAAGCCCUCUUUCGGUGUCACUACUGUGGCCAAGCUUUUAAGCUGGAAGCUGCUUACCGCUACCAUGUGAGCCAGCACAAGUGCAGCUCUGGCUUGGACCUUGUCCGGCCCAGUUUUGGCGACCGACUCCACCAGCAAGCUCUGCAGAAGAGGAAGCUGACAGAGGAGUUCCUCAGUGAGGAUGUGGCUCUUCAGAGCCAACCUGGAAACAGUAAGUACAGCUGCAAGGUGUGCGGAAAGAGAUUUGCCCACACGAGCGAAUUCAAUUACCACCGGCGGAUCCACACAGGGGAGAAGCCAUAUCAGUGCAAAGUGUGCCACAAGUUCUUCCGCGGGCGUUCCACCAUCAAGUGCCACCUGAAGACACACUCUGGGGCUCUCAUGUACCGUUGCACAGUUUGUGGGCACUACAGCUCCACCCUUAACCUUAUGAGCAAGCAUAUAGGCGUGCAUAAAGGCAGCCUUCCACCUGACUUCACCAUUGAACAAACUUUCAUGUACAUCAUCCAUUCCAAAGAUACGGAGAAAAACACAGACAGCUGAUGUAGCAGUAUUGGCGGAGUAAAGCGCUGCUUGCAGGUAGCAGAGAAGCUUGUUUCUGUUUUUUAAAAAACAACGUUCCAUUUUAAUGGUCAGGCAUCAGCAUUGUACUUUAUUUCCCUUUGCCUUGUUAGAGGGUUUCUUAAAUCAUUGUUCUGUGAAAACAACAGCACACUACAUGUGUUAUUGUUCUUGAGAAACCUGUCUGUUUACCUCCUGCUGAGUCCAGGGCUCAUUAUUUCAAGUCUUAGAAACAGGCUGUGCCCCCCUCCUUCAACGGAUAGGUUUCACACCUCAUAUCUCUCCUCCCUCCAUCUCUAAUUUGAGAUCUUGAAAAGAUUUAUGCUGCUAAGAUAUAUUAAUGCUACACAUCGGUAGGGAUAGCAGGAGGGAAAGGGGUGGCGGUAAAAGGAAUUGUUUAUGUGCUGCUAUUGGGAGGGUAGAAGUUCUAUAAAAACUUACAAUGAUUACUCAGAGGUAAGUCCACCUUUGUUUAAUGGUGACUUGCUCUCUGCCUUGUAAGUGUGCUUUGGAUUCUUAGCCUUAGCUUCAUGUCAACAAGUUUGUCUUUCCCUCCCACCAGGAUUGACACACACACACACACACACACACACACACACACACACACACACACACACUGUCCAGCUCUUCCUCCUGUGCCUUUAACAACCAUGUGAUCUGCAGACAUUUGUGGGUGCUAGGGCUGAUUUCCGUGUCCCUUGCUGAUUUCUGUAGGUAAAAACUGCCAGAAAAGCAGAUUAGGCCAGUCCCCGUCCCCCCCAGCCAGUUGUUGCUUUCCCCCCCCCCCCCGCACCCAGCCUCAGUUUGCCUUUUGCCCCUUUCCAUGAAACUCUGAGUCGGUUUUACAAAGUUCCGCUUUAACAAAAUCAAAAGAGGGCAUAGAAAUGGUGUGGUGGAAUGGAGGAGAGUUUUGCCAAAUGUGAACAUUCUAGAUUUUUUUUCUUUUUGAAGGGGUGCCCUAGAAAGGACUCUUAGCUUUGAGUAUAUAAGCAUAUAGAGGCUUUAGCAAUAUUGUUUCAUCUCCAACAUCCACUUUCAGAAAAAAAACUGUUCUUAGGGCACCAUGAAACAGCUUUUGGGCUCCUUCCUUUCCUCCAGCAAUAUUAACUCACUGCUGGUGUCUUGAACAUGAAUGUCUCAAGGGUCACAUUCUUGAAAGUCUUUGACAUAGCUCUGUGGACAGUGCCAGGGUUUUAGGUUGCAGUUCUAUACACAGCUGGGAAUAAGUCCCAUUGAUCUCAGUGGGGCUUACUUCAGACGAGUUAUGUAUAUUAUUGCACUGUUAGUUCUGUUUGAAAAUAUAUUGUUGCCUUAAGGAAAUGUCUCUGGAAGGAGGAAUGACAGGUUUAGGGCAGAUUAUUAUCUCUCUUUUUUGAAGGGUGUGUUUGUUGCGUAUUAAAUAUUCAGCUCUUUAUCGUUUGUUUGGAGGGAUUCAUACAUCUUCUCAAAGUAGCACUUUUCUUGCAGGGGUACCCUAUUUUCCAGCACACAAACCAUAGCAUUUUUUUGCAGGGGGGAAAGUAAUCACUCCCUCUCCUCAACCCACCCCUUCUAGCACAUGCACUCUGACUGUGUCAUGUACAAUGCGGUUGUGUUGGUGUCACAGGUGCUAUUGGAAUGAAGAGAUGUAAUUUUUGUGCAGCAGUGAGGCCAGCUUGAAUGUGCCUUUACCACUCACUACAAAUACACCUUUUCUCCAGGAUUAUGCUCUGACCAAAAAACAAACCCAAACAAAUUUAUCCGCAACACCCAGUUCUGCAAGCUUGCAGCAAAAGCUGGCUGUGGGUGGCGUCAAUUUCCUAAUACCCAUUACAUCACCAAGAAGCAUGUACCCAAAUCCCCACAGCUUUUAAAAUAGGCUCAUUUUAGAAGGUACGGGAUGAACAAAAAUGAGUAAGCAUACAAGUGAUGCUUUAUAAAGAGCUGGGCAGCCCCUCUGAAGUAUGGGAAGAAGGACAAGACUAGUGGUUAAUCCAGCAUUUGACUUGAUAGGAUAUGUGUCAUACAGAUUAUUUAAACUGGGAGGAUGAAGAAUUUGCAGUGAAGGGUCAUUCUUAAAUUAUAUGUCUCUUCAUCCUUGGGCAGCAUGACAUCACAAACAUGGAGCAACAUUAAUUUCCCCUAUCUCCACUGCAGAGCAAUUAUAUAAACUUUUAAAAUGUUUUAUUCUCAUUCAUAUUUGUAAAGUCGUCUUUUGAGUUUGAGUGCUCUCAUGCUGGAAUGCUUAUUUAGCCCAUCAUCAAGAAGUAGUGGAAAGCACCAUCAAUUGAUUUUUUUGUUUUUAUUUUUAAGUUCUUUAAGGGCUGUGCACUUUCCCCCUCCAGCCUGGAACACACUUCUUGUUUUAAAUUUUUACACUAUAGCUAUAGUAUUCCCCCCCCUCCUUUAUUACAGUACUGGAUUUGUGCUAUUAUAUGGGGUUUUUUUGUCAUCUGAAAUGCCUCUGGGUGUUUGUCCCUUGUGGCAAUGAAAAACCAGCGUGUGCUUGUGUAAUUGACAAUAACAAUUCUGCUGCCUUUUGAAGUGAGGUUGUAACCUACCUUCCUUUCCCUUUCCCUUUUCCCUUUCCUUUUCCUGUAUAUCCCUAACAGGUGCUUUCUGGAGGGAUGCAACAGAACAGAUUGAUCACAGGGCACAGAUCCUGACUCAAUUUGAACUACACUUGUGGCUUUAUCCUAUAGGUUGUGCUUUGUGCUUUCUAAGUGCAGUACUAUAUGAAAUCCAGGCCAGGGAGGGGUAUGGAUGAGAGAAGCGAACGUUGACAAAUGUAGCAGCUGGCUUGACAUCUGCCCCAAAGUUUAAUGCAAACUACCUCAUAAGGAGGAAGUCCUGGAGUCUUAAAAAAACAGUGGUAUGUACAAAUAGGCUUCCAGGCUUCUGUAUAUGAAAACACUGUUGUUAAAGAAAAACAGAAAUCCACACAAUGCUGCUCUAGCCCUGACCUAUUGAGAGGGGAGAAUGAAAAACUGUACAGCCCCAGGAAUCUCAGCUUUGACAGUAAUUCCAGUAGGGCAGCCCUGGGCAGGUUGCUUUGCUCUCUGCUUACAGUACCUACCUCUAAGGGUGUUGUGAAGAUUGACUGCUUUGAUUUUUGUCAAGGAGAAAAAGCACUUAGGUAUGUCUUCUUGUUUCCUUAUGAGAAAGUUGCCGUCUUAAAAUAGCCCCCCAGCAUGCAGCAAGUGUUCUAACAUAUCUCUCAAUUCCUUUCCUUCUUGUGGCGUCUGUAUAGCGAGCACCAGACAGGACAUACUAAGGAAUUAACUCAGCGAUAUAGCGGACAAGACUGUAUUCAUAAGCAUAAGUAAUGCUGGAAGCAUUCAGUGUAAGGAUGUAAGGGUUGUCAUAGGAAUUUACUACUUCUUGUAGUACCACUAGUAUUAAGUCAAUGUCAGGGCCACAUGGCUAGACCAAAGGGCUUGAGAAAGCAACUGAAGCCUAUGAAAACCCAAGGUCCAGCUGCGGACUAAUGGCAUAUGGCAGGCAUACCCAAACUUUAGGCCUCCAGAUAUUGCUGAACCACAACAUCCAUCAUCCCUGGCCAUGGGCCAUGUUUGCUAGGGAUGAUGGGAGCUGUAGUCCAGCUACACUGGAGGAGGAAAUGGAAGUUUGGGGAUGCCUGCUCUAGCACAAAGUAAAGUACUGUAUGUUGUUACCCAGGCACCCCCAAACUUCGGCCCUCCAGAUGUUUUGGACUACAAUCCCCAUCUUCCCCGACCACUGGUCCUGUUAGCUAGGGAUCAUGGGAGUUGUAGGCCAAAACAUCUGGAGGGCCGCAGUUUGGGGAUGCCAGGCAUAUGGGCAGUAUUUUAGUAUUCAUACGAGCCCUGGCCAGUCAGAAAUCUUCAUACUACCUAUCAACUGGAGGGGCUGAUGUUACACACUCUUAUUGCUCCUCUAUGCCUGAAGAGGGCUGAGCCCAUACAGUAGCACAGAUCAGGCUAAGCCCCAGUCUUGGUCUCUGAAGCUCUUGGUUCAAGUUCUGGAGUCCCAAACAAUUAUGGCUGUACUCCCCAGGUGUUGAACAGAACCAUGUUUUCGUAGUUAAGAUGCCUUCAUUGGAAGUGAUGGAGAAGGAGCUAUAUUGGACCUCACCCAGUAAGGACUGUUCCUUAUUCUCGACUUCUAGAGCUGUUUUAGUCUAGUUCUCUAGUGCCAAACUGCAUCCAAUGCAAACUUGGCCAGCUUUAGAAAUUCCAUU